AUGGAAGGACAGAUACCCACAGAGUCACCUCACAGUCGCCAUGCAAGCCGAGGCCGUGAGAGCACAUCGGUAAAGGAUGCUCAACGUCUACCGCAGGCGAUGGUGUGGGACCCUUGGCCAGUCACGAAAUUCGGGUGCAGAAAAGACACCAUCUCGAAAGCAGCCCGAGUGCUAGUUCGAGCGCGCAACACAGAACUUAUCAACAUUUGCAGCAAUGAGAUCGUUCUGCUACCAGCAAGUGGCGGCGUUCCUGGUGUUCAAGGAGGUUCACGUGAGAGACCUCUUUACAGCCUCCGCCCGCCCAAACUGGAGCCGUUCAAGAUCCAUCUAUGGCAGAUCCCUGCGGUGCGUACUUGGAAUAGAACAACCUGGUCGUGGGAUGUUACCCCAGGAAAGAUCAUGGUGCGCCGAGGUCAGAAGUCUGAACCACUCACCCAAUUCCUCAAGGCGGUUGGGGUCGCCAAAGACGAUGCAAAGAUGAGCGAUCUGUGCAAUCACUUCCAAUGUUGGAGGUCUCUCAAAACCUCUAAUGAAUGGCUCAAUAAGUUUCCUAGGCAUCUCCGCGGGGUGGUCUACCAAAGGUGGUGGUCCUUCAAUGGAUUUCGUUUUCUACAACUUCCUCCUGAGCUAAGGGAAACAAUCCUGACUUUCGCCAUGGGACCCAUCGCCGUACCAUUCGCGAAGAGAUGGCAUCCAAAACGACAUGUCCAAGUGACGAUGCCGAAUAUGCGUCUUUCUCUCGUCAGUAAGCAGCUCAAUCGUGAGGCGAUUGCAGCCUUAUUAGCUCAUACCACAUUCUACUUUCACGCUAUUGAACAGUUCUUACAGUUCUUCCGGCACACAGAUGCAAUAUCACGAGCGAUCUUUCGACCUCUUAAAGGGCUUCGUUCCUUAGAAUUGGACCUAAGUCCAGAUUGUUUACUUUGUCUUUUUGGUAUUAGCUUCGGCCCCAAUGUAUUCGGCGUACGAGACAUCCGUUACCAGCGGUCCCUCGCCCUCGACCUUGGCAUAUUCUUCCAUGACCAAUCCCCUCUAUGUCAUCAAAUAUGUAUCAAGAUCCCACACGUCUUUCAGCACAACCCCCGCCCUGACCACACUUGCUGCCAAAAGGUGCAUAAUCUAGCGUUCUGGGCCGGUGCACGGGCACGACUCCGUAAUAUUGCUGUAAUUAAGUUGGUCGGACACAUCGACGAAACACAGAAGAAGGAUUGGCUUGCCGAACAUGCUCUCGAACGGAAGGGAGUGGUUCCGGAAGCAAAGGAUUUUGCAGGGUGGCAAAGAGGGAUUUGGACUCAAUGCAGCAAUUCAGUAUGUGAGUGCAGUCCAAAGUGCAAGACGCGGAGAUUCUAG